AUGCCCGGGACAGUUACUGUGUUGCAGACCUCUCCUGUUCGAGUUGUGGAUCAGAUUGAUGAGUCAACAAUGUACUUUUAUCGUCUUUUCUGGACAUUUCCACCUUGCGUUGCAGCCUUCCAGCAUUGCAAGCCGCUUGUGAGUAUUGAUGGUACCCACUUGUACGGCAAAUAUGGAGGCACCUUACUGUUGGCGAUUGCACAGGAUGGGAACUCUAACAUCCUCCCGAUAGCAUUCGCCCUUGUGGAGGGGGAAAAUGCCGAGUCAUGGUCCUUUUUCUUGUCCAACCUAAGAACGCAUGUGACGUCACAAGAGGGUAUCCUUGUUAUCUCAGACAGGCAUAAUGGAAUCAAGGCUGCACUUGAGAAUCCCGAGAAUGGUUGCCUGCCUCUAGGUGCUUAUCGGGCGUACUGUAUCUGUCAUGUGGCAGCAAAUUUCAGCCUUUCUUUUAAAGGUAAAGAUGCCAGAAGGAUGCUGGUUAAUGCGGCCUAUGCAAAAACUGAGGCAGAGUUCUAUUACUGGUUUGACAUCAUGCGUACAGAGAAUCUGGCCAUGUGUGACUGGGCGAACCGGAUGGAGUAUGAGAAGUGGACCCAACACCAGGAUAGCGGUAGACGGUUCGGGCACAUGACAACGAACAUAAGUGAAUGUGUGAAUUCCAUGUUAAAGGGAACUCGCAACCUCCCGGUCAUUUCCCUGGUUAAGUCCACAUACGGAAGGCUUGCUGAGCUAUUCGUGCUCCGGGGACAAACAGCAAAGGUGCAACUUGGAUCUGGACAUGAAUUUUGUCAGGCUUUGGUCAAGGCUAUUGAAAAAAACAUAAGAGACUCAAGGUGCUUCACCGUCACGUUGUACGAUAAGCACUAG